AUGAACGGACAAAGACAUUCCAGUCGUCAAAGAAUUGCUCAGCUCAGUGAAGACUGUAUUCUGCUAUCAUCUGACAGUGAAUCAGAACUUCUAAAUGGAACAUUAGAUCUAACAAGUGAAACGGAUGAAGUUGUUGAUCUAACUACAGUUAGUGAUCUCUCUAUUAUUGUUAUAGAUAGUCCUAGGAGACAUCAAACAAGGCACAGAUAUCCAAGGCAAAGAAGAAGAUCAAAUAAUUCAAGGACUCCUCGGAUAUCUAGAUCAGCAAGUCCUUUUAUUAGUAACUUGGAAAAUGCAAGUAUAAAUGAAUCUGAAAGAAAUUGGAGAACGUCCGAACAAUCUGCAAAUAGUGAGUUCUCUCUGGCUUUUUCUUUUCUCUCUCUUUCUCUCUCACUCCCUCUCUCUCUUUCUCUCUCACUUUCUCUGGCUUUUUCGUUUUCUCUCUCUGGCUUUUUCGUUUUCUCUCUCUGGCUUUUUCGUUUUCUCUCUCUGGCUUUUUCGUUUUCUCUCUCUCUCUCUCUGGCUUUUUUUCGUUUUCUCUCUCUCUCUCUCUCCCUCUCUGGUUUUUUGUUUUCUCUUUCUUUGUUUUUUUUCUUUUUUUCUCUCUCUCUCUCUUUUCUUUCUUUUUUCUCUCUGGCUUUUUUUUUUUCUCUCUCUCUGGCUUUUCUUUUUCUUUUCUCUCUCUCUGGCUUUUUUUUCUUUCUCUCUCUCUCUGGCUUUUUCUUUUCUUUCUCUCUCUCUCUGGCUUUUUCUUUUCUUUCUCUCUCUCUCUCUCUCUGGCUUUUCGUUUUUCCCCAUCCUCUCUCCCUCUCUCUCUCCUCUCUCUCUUUCACUCGCUCUGGCUUUUUUUUUUUUUUUUCUCUCUCUCUCUCUCUGGCUUUUUUUCUUUUUUUUUCUCUCUCUCUCUCUCUGGCUUUUUUUCUUUUUUUUUCUCUCUCUCUCUCUCUGGCUUUUUUUCUUUUUUUCUCUCUCUCUCUGGCUUUUUUUUUUUUUUUCUUUUUCUCUCUCUCUGGCUUUUUUUCUUUUUUCUUUCUCUCUUUAUCUUUUUCUCUCUCUCUCUCUGGUUUUUUGUUUUCUUUCUCUCUCUCUCUCUGGCUUUUUCGUUUUCCCCAUCACUCUCUCCCUCUCUCUCUUUCACUCGCUCUGGCUUUUUCUUUUUUCUCUCACUCGCUCUCUCUCUCUAGUUUUGCAUCUAAUGAAGAGAAUUUUCAACAACCCAGUUCUGAACAGUCUGCUUCAACAAUAAAUUACAGAGAUGGUUCUUCUAUUGACAACCAAUUGUGUCCUUUAUGUUUAGAAACAUAUAGAGAGAUAAAAAACAAAGGACAAACAUUAAUGUCUACAACUUGUGGUCAUGUAUUUUGUAAAAAAUGUGCCAACCAGUGCCUCAACUCCAAUUGUCCAACCUGCCGAAAAAAACUAACAGUCAGAAGUAUUCAUCCGUUGUACUUAUGA